UAUAUUAUACAUGGUCAAUAAAUAACUGCAGAUCUGUGUAAGAACUGCAAUAAAUACACAGUUAUAUUCUGGACACAUUUAAUGUAAUGGGAGGGAGAGGACGUGGUAUUUUAGGUAAAAAGAAUGGUUUUGGUCGUGGCGGGUUUGGGAGAGGUACUUCAUCAUCUAGUGAUAGCACAGGUGGGGCAGGCAAAGGUUUUGGACGAGGUGUAUUGCGUGCUGGCUUCACAGUAAAUGGAAACGACAAUGAUCUCUCUAACGAUAUGUCAGGUCUGUCUGUCGGCAGACCAGGAGGAGGAAUGUCCAAUGGCUUUGGAAAGUCCGACAGUAAUUCUGGUGGGAGUGGAUUCGGAUCUCGCGGCGGGUUCGGAGGAGGGGGAGGAGGAUUCGGAAACAAAUCAGACACCAACAAUAACAACAGUGGUGGAGGCUUUGGGGGCGGAUCCUCAGGAGGAUUCGGGGGAGGAUCCUCAGGUGGUGGAUUCGGAGGAGGCUCUUCAGGUGGAUUUGGAGCCAAGAAGGAAGGUGGAUUUGGCGGGGGUGGUGGAUUUGGUGGGGGUGGAGGCUUCGGGGCCAAAACUGAUGGAGAAUCAUCUGGUUUUGGAGGAGGUUUUGGUGGUGGUGACAGACCUCCAAGGGGAGGAGGAUUUGGAGGAGGGGGCGGUGGCUCUGGUUGUCGGAACUGCGGUGAGGAGGGACAUUUUGCGAGGGAAUGUCCGAAGCCUCGCAGUGGUGGUGGAGGGGGGGACAAGGGCUGCAGAAACUGUGGUGAAGAGGGCCACUUUGCCAGAGAGUGUCCAAAUCCUAAAAAAGAAGGUGGUGGUGGUGGAGGAGGGAAGUGUUUUAAAUGCCAGGAGGAAGGUCAUAUGGCCAGAGACUGUCCUAAUGCACCGCCACUAGAUCCAGAUAGACCUGCCCCUUAUGUACCACCUGCCCCAUCUGAAGACGAAGCUGAAAUCUUCAAAGUCAUCCAGAAGGGCAUCAAUUUCAACAAAUAUGAUAAAAUUCCUGUGGAAGUAACGGGUAGAGAUCCCCCACCAGCCAUCAAAGGCUUUGACGAGGCUGGAUUAUAUGACAAAUUCCUGGAAAAUGUACGCAAAGCUCAGUAUGAGAAACCAACCCCAGUACAAAAGUAUUCUAUUCCAAUAGUCAUGGCUGGCAGAGACCUGAUGGCCUGUGCUCAGACAGGAUCUGGCAAAACGGCUGCCUUCCUGUUGCCUGUAUUGACAGGAAUGAUGAAGAAUGGGAUCUCGGGAAGCAGUUUCUCCGAAGUUCAGGAGCCCCAGGCUUUGGUGGUAGCCCCCACAAGAGAGUUGGCGGUCCAGAUCUUUAUGGAUGCUCGUAAGUUUGCCUAUGGCACCAUGUUGAGGCCGGUGGUGUUGUAUGGUGGGACCUCUGUGGGGUAUCAGCUCCGACAGGUGGAGCAGGGGACACACAUUCUGGUUGGAACUCCAGGAAGGCUCAUCGACAUUAUAGGGAAGGGAAAGAUAAGUCUUGCCAAGUUGAAGUAUUUGAUUUUGGAUGAAGCUGACAGGAUGCUGGACAUGGGUUUCGGCCCCGACAUUCGUAAGAUCGUGGAGGAGUUGGGUACUCCCCCUAAAACAGAGAGACAGACCCUCAUGUUCUCUGCCACAUUCCCUAAAGAAAUCCAGGAGAUGGCCGGAGACUUCCUUAAUGAUUAUCUUUUCCUGACGGUCGGCAGAGUGGGAGGGGCCUGUACCGAUGUAACACAGACAGUUUUUGAAGUUGACAGGCAGGAGAAGAGGUCAAGACUGUGUGACAUCCUCACAGAAACAGGCACAGAGAAAACCUUGGUUUUUGUGGAACAGAAGCGUAAUGCUGAUUUCUUGGCUUCCUAUUUAUCUCAAAAUGGAUUCCCUACCACCAGUAUUCAUGGAGACCGUCUUCAAGCAGAGAGAGAGGAGGCUCUUCGUGACUUUAAAACGGGUAAAGCUCCAGUUCUGAUCGCUACCUCGGUGGCGGCUCGUGGUCUGGAUAUUCCCCUCGUCAAACACGUCAUUAAUUACGAUCUCCCCUCAUCCAUUGACGAGUAUGUCCACAGGAUUGGUAGAACAGGUCGCUGUGGAAACCUGGGAAAGGCCAUGAGUUUCUAUUCUAAUGACACGGACGGCGCUCUGGCCAAACCAUUGGUCAGAAUUUUGUCAGAUGCAAUGCAGGAAGUCCCAGACUGGUUAGAGGAGUACUCCAAGACCAGCAUGCCUGGUGCUGGUUAUGCUGAUGUGGGCGCCAAAUUUGGAGGCCGUGACAUUAGGAAAAAUCAACCAAGGACCAGAGAGACCCACAAGGGGGAGGGUGGCUACCCACUGGGGGCUGGUGGCUCCGUAUCGGUGGGAGCAGGUGGUGCCCAGGAAGAGGACGAAGAAAACUGGGAUUAGGAUGUUUCUCCUCGCUGUAGAUAGAAGGAAUGCCACCCUGUGAACUAUGGAUUGUUUUUUGUUUGAAGCCAGGAAGGCUGUGAACAAUAGGUGCUACAAGGGACAGAAGUAGUGCUCUUUACUCGUUUUUAUCUUGUAAAUAUGUUGAUAUGUCUUAUUGAUUGGGCAUUACAGCCAUCUCAUCCUUAGAAAGAAAUUCUUUUUUAUAUUUAAAGUCCCAAGAAAAUGACGGGGCACAAAUUCAAGAAGUAACCUAUAAAAAAUAGGACACUAAUGGAAAUCCUGUCCUGGAACGGAUUUGUUCCGAAGAUUUUGACCAAUCCAAAUGAAAUUUU